AUGGAAGCAACCUAUUAUCGUGACGUCCUGAGCGAAAUGGGCGAAGGAGUUGUUCGCACCUCAGUUAUUCACACAGCUCCGGCUUGCACUAGUAUUCUUGACUCAGAAAGUGAGGAUGAGACCAAGGAAGUCAAGGUCACACCUAGAACGAAUGAACAGCGAAUGGUCAUCUUCCUUUACUUAAGGAAUGAUUCGCUGUUAAGGAAUUCAGCCGAGGAACAAUGGCUACCAUUCGGCGAGUCAUGGCGCAACGAACAGCUCCGCUUGUCGCUUGAGCGAGGAAGUAGUAAUUUACUUGUGUUCCCAUACUGUGAAGCAUCUCCACAUGGCGAUCGUGGUCACGAAGCUGUAGAACACGACUUUUCUCGUAUUGAAAGCAUCAAACGACCGCAUGGAAGACGAGGAAAGAGUCAAAAUCGACAGCAGUUUCAAGUACGGUGCAUCGGCAUGUCUGCAUCAUUUAUAGAGCGUUUUAAUAAUUCAUUUCGAGCAACAUCCUUCGACAAUUGA